AUGGACUCUCAAUCCGACUAUGCGGCAUACCACCCUGGCGACUAUGAACUGGACGACACCCACAGAUUUGACAACAUCCUCGAACAUACCCAAACCCACCAACAGUAUGAACCCGACGCUCACCCAUCUUUUGUUGAGCAGGAGUACAAUUUGAACGACCAAGAGGCUCACGAGAGCGCCUCAAACGAGCACGGACAGCGCCAUGACCUGGACUGUCCCGUGUGCGGUGAGGUCAGCAAGACGCCUUCAGAUGCCAAGAAGCACCUAGCAAGACAUCAGAAGCCCUUCAGGUGCACCGAUGCCAGCUGUGGCCGUCACAAUGAAGGUUUCGCAACCGCCAAUGACCUCAAUCGACAUAUAAAAUCCGUGCAUAAGGCAGAAGUCAAGGGGAGCCGAAGCUUCAAGUGCUUUGCUGAAGCAUGUUCGCAUCCGGAGAAGAUAUGGCCUAGAAAAGACAACUUUACCCAACAUCUCCAGAGGAUGCACCGCGACGAGGACCAAAACGCUCUCCUGGCCAAGUCGGAAGAAUGGUACGACCAGUUGAACCCCGUGGAUGACAAGGCUGAGGAGACCAUUGUCAAGGAGGUGCGUCGACAAGAAGACUCGGUAAGACAGCAAAACCAGCAGCAGAAACGUGCCAGUGGCACUGCUACAGGCUCCAAGCGAAAGCGCAAUGCACCAGAGCAACCAACGCCGGCGCCACAAUCGCAACGUACACGGCACAGUCUGCCAGGUCUUGAUACUGCUUCGUCACACAAUAGCAUGCCCCCUCAAGACAUGAGAUUACUCUCGCCCUAUUCACCAACGCCUGAUCGACCUGUCGUCGAUCCGCGUCAACAUGUCUCUGGCCCUCGUCAACGUCGUGCGCAAAACUCCCAUCGGCAGGCGCAGCCCCAACCACAAGGUCCAUCUAUGAUGUCGCGAUCCGUGUCGCAAGCUGGUCAAUACAUGCCUCGCACUCCUUUCCACGGCAUGCAGCAACAACCCUAUUGGAGUUUCGAUCCACAGCAGACACACGCACAGCACUUCUCGCCUCAGGACGUCAGAUCUCAAUUUGAGCCUCGGUGGCAUCCUCAGCAACAAAUGCCCCAGCCUCAUCUAGGCCCGACUGACCGACACACGGUUGCUGGCGACAUUGAUACUAGGGGCUACGAGUGGCUCUCGUCCCCUCAGGACCACCCGUUGCAAUAUGGCGGCUUCACGAAUGCCUCUAUGCCUAUCCCAGCAGCCUCUGAACUGGUGGGUCACAUGCAGCCAGCGGCUCCAGCAUCAGUCUCGCCCACUACUACCGGCAUGAACCCGGAGACUCCUACGUCAUCUACACCAGUGUUGAGGCUCACUGUGGAUGAUAGUAGCCGCCCUCCGGUAGAUACGCUCGAAAUCUCUAAUUUUUUGGAGAAUCAUGACGACUUUAAGAAGGACUACAAUAACCUCAGACAAGCUGUCAUUGGCUUUCCAGCAGCCCAGCACGAAUUUCUCAAGAUUUUGCGCGCGGUUGGAGGUUCUUCGAACGCAGCCGCACCACCGUCUGAAGAAUCGCGCAGCCAGUCUCAGUCCAAGCGUGGUCAUCAUCGCCAGCCUUCCAUAACCACGACAACCACCUCAACUACCGCCGUCAGCACAAAUGCCACCCAGGGCGCGCUUGACCGUGCUGCAGCCGGCAGGGAAGUUGCCCUUUGCAGUGUUUGUAACAAGUUAUUUGCACGCGGAUCCGAUCUGAAGAAACACAUGAAACGGCAUGAUCGUCCUUACGGCUGCGUCUCUGAUGGUUGCAGCAAGAGCUUUGGCUCUAAGAGCGACUGGAAGAGACAUGAAGCUACGCACGGCGAGGUGGAAGGUGGCUGGCGCUGUGAUGGACGUCACCUAAACCCUCUGCAGAACAACGAAGAGUGUCAUAUGUGGUGGCCUCAAAGGGACGUCAGCCAAGAGCAGUACUGCAACCACCUUCAGGCCUGCGCAGUGCCGCUUGAAGACAUUCAGCCAAUGUCGGAGCGCUGCUUCAUUCCUAGAGCUAACACGGAGGCUUACUGGUGCGGCUUCUGCUACAGUGUGAUGAGGUACGUCGACCCUGAUCUCGAACCCGCCAAAGAGCGGGUCAAUCAUAUCGAGCGCCAUUACAAGAAUGAGGCAAGGAUCAAUGAUCAUUGGCGAGACUGCAACGGAGGAGGCAGAACCAAGUUGGAGAUGGGCCAGGUCAUCGCCGCCACUUAA